GGCUGCGCAGAGGCCGCCUUUAGAGAAGGCGGAGCUUCGUCGUUCGCCGGCUGGAAAAGCAGUGGGAUCGGCUAGUGGCGACAGCAGAGGCCGGGCCUUAGCCCUGCCGGGGCGGCGGGCUUUAAAUUCCUGCCUUGCCAAAGUGGCCUCAGAAAGGAGGGAAAAUGGCUUCUGAAUCUGAAACCUUGAACCCCAGUGCCCGGAUAAUGACCUUCUACCCGACUGUGGAGGAGUUCCGGAACUUCAGUCGCUACAUUGCAUACAUCGAGUCCCAAGGAGCCCAUCGCGCUGGGCUGGCCAAGGUUGUUCCUCCAAAGGAGUGGAAGCCACGGGCAUCCUAUGACGAUAUCGAUGAUCUGGUCAUUCCUGCCCCCAUCCAGCAGCUGGUGACUGGGCAGUCUGGCCUCUUCACUCAGUACAACAUACAGAAGAAAGCCAUGACCGUCCGAGAGUUCCGCAAGAUAGCCAAUAGCGAUAAGUACUGUACCCCACGCUAUAGUGAGUUUGAAGAACUUGAACGGAAGUACUGGAAAAAUCUCACGUUUAACCCCCCAAUCUACGGUGCGGAUGUGAAUGGCACUCUCUAUGAAAAGCACGUCGACGAGUGGAACAUUGGCCGGCUCAGGACCAUCCUGGACCUGGUGGAGAAGGAGAGCGGCAUCACCAUCGAGGGCGUGAACACGCCCUACCUGUACUUCGGCAUGUGGAAGACGUCCUUCGCCUGGCACACCGAGGACAUGGACCUGUACAGCAUCAACUACCUCCACUUCGGGGAGCCCAAGUCCUGGUACUCCGUCCCGCCCGAGCACGGAAAGCGUCUGGAGCGCCUGGCCAAAGGCUUUUUCCCAGGCAGCGCUCAAAGCUGCGAGGCCUUUCUCCGCCAUAAGAUGACCUUGAUUUCCCCUCUGAUGCUGAAGAAAUACGGGAUUCCCUUUGACAAGGUGACUCAGGAAGCGGGCGAAUUCAUGAUCACGUUCCCUUACGGCUACCACGCCGGCUUCAACCACGGCUUCAACUGUGCCGAGUCCACCAAUUUUGCGACCCGCCGCUGGAUCGAGUAUGGCAAACAGGCUGUGCUGUGCUCCUGCAGGAAGGACAUGGUGAAGAUCUCCAUGGACGUGUUUGUGAGGAAGUUCCAGCCGGAGAGGUACAAGCUCUGGAAAGCGGGCAAGGACAGCGCGGUUAUCGACCACACUCUGCCCACGCCAGAAGCGGCCGAGUUUCUCAAGGAGAGUGAGCUGCCCCCGAGAGCCCAGAACGAGGAGGACUGCCUGGAGGAGGCCGACAUGGAGGGGGUGGAGGACGGAGAGGAGGGCGACCUGAAGAGAAGCCUGGCCAAGCACCGAAUCGGGACAAAGAGGCACCGAGUCUGCCUCGAGAUACCGCAGGAGGUGAGUCAGAGUGAGCUCUUCCCCAAGGAGGAGCUGGGCUCCGGACAGUACGACUUGGUGGCGUGCCAGGCCGCCCUGGCUCCCGUGAGGCCCACCCACAGCUCCGUGCGCCCCGUGGAGGACGGUCUCAGCGGCCCAGAUUAUUCCGACUCCACCGAAGUCAAGUUUGAGGAGCUUAAAAAUGUCAAGCUGGAAGAGGAGGAGGAGGAGGAGGAGGAGGAGGAGCAGGAAGCGGCCGCCCUGGAUCUUUCUGUGAAUCCAGCUUCUCUCGGGGGACGCCUCGUCUUCUCAGGCUCCAAGAAGUCGUCUUCCAGCCUGGGCUCCGGUUCCUCACGGGAUUCUGUUUCUUCCGAUUCAGAAGCCAGUGAGCCUCUGUCCUGCCAAGCCCAGGGGCAAACAGGAGUUCUCACCGUGCACAGCUACGCCAGAGGGGACGGCAGGGUCACCGUGGGAGAGCCGUGCACGAGGAAGAAAGGCAGCGCCAGCAGGGGCAUCAGCGAGCGGGAGCUGGCCGAGGUUGCGGAUGACGACAUGUUCUCCUUGGAGGAGAGUAAGAAGUCCAAGGGCCGCCGUCAGCCCUUAAGCAAGCUCCCCCGCCAUCACCCACUCGUGUUGCAGGAUUGCGUCAGUGACGACGAGAUGUCAGAACAGCUGACCCCCGAGGAGGAGGCCGAGGAGACAGAGGCCUGGGCCAAGCCCCUGAGCCAGCUGUGGCAGAACCGACCUGCCAACUUUGAGGCGGAAAAGGAAUUCAAUGAGGCCAUGGCCCAGCAGGCCCCCCAUUGUGCCGUCUGUAUGAUCUUUCAGACUUACCAUCAGGUUGAGUUUGGAGGCCUCAGUCAGAGCUGUGGAGGCGCUCCGGAUUUAGCCCCCCAGAAGCAGAGGACCAAGCCGUUGAUUCCAGAGAUGUGCUUCACCUCGACGGGCUGCAGCACCGACAUCAACCUGUCCACUCCUUACCUGGAGGAGGACGGCACCAGCAUGCUGGUUUCCUGCAAGAAGUGCAGCGUCCGCGUCCACGCCAGUUGCUACGGCGUCCCCCCUGCAAAGGCUUCGGAAGACUGGAUGUGUUCUCGGUGUGCGGCCAGUGCCCUGGAAGAGGACUGCUGUUUAUGCUCCUUACGAGGAGGAGCCCUGCAGAGAGCCAACGAUGACAGGUGGGUCCAUGUCUCAUGUGCAGUAGCGAUUCUGGAAGCAAGAUUUGUCAACAUUGCAGAAAGAAGUCCCGUGGAUGUGAGCAAAAUCCCCCUGCCCCGCUUCAAACUGAAAUGUGUCUUCUGUAAGAAGCGGAGGAAAAGAGCGGCUGGCUGCUGUGUGCAGUGUUCGCACGGCCGCUGCCCGACCGCCUUCCACGUGAGCUGCGCCCAGGCUGCAGGUGUGAUGAUGCAGCCCGAUGACUGGCCUUUUGUGGUCUUCAUUACCUGUUUUCGGCACAAGAUUCCUAAUUUGGAGCGCGCCAAGGGGGCCUUGCAGAGCAUCACCGCAGGCCAGAAGGUCAUCAGCAAGCACAAGAACGGGCGCUUCUACCAGUGCGAGGUGGUCCGGCUCACCACCGAGACCUUCUACGAGGUCAACUUCGACGAUGGCUCCUUCAGUGACAAUCUCUAUCCCGAGGACAUAGUGAGUCAGGACUGUCUCCAGUUGGGUCCUCCUGCUGAAGGAGAAGUAGUCCAGGUGAGAUGGACAGACGGCCGAGUCUAUGGAGCCAAGUUUGUGGCCUCCCACCCCAUCCAGAUGUACCAGGUGGAGUUUGAGGAUGGCUCACAGCUUGUGGUUAAAAGAGAUGAUGUGUACACACUGGACGAAGAGCUUCCCAAGAGAGUCAAGUCUAGACUGUCGGUAGCCUCAGACAUGCGCUUCAACGAGAUUUUCACGGAGAAGGAGGUUAAGCAGGAAAAGAAACGGCAACGAGUCAUCAACUCAAGAUACCGGGAGGAUUACAUCGAGCCUGCGCUGUACCGGGCCAUCAUGGAGUAGGUGCUUCCACGGCCACGCCACCCCAGCCGUCCGGGCGCCAGCACGCGGGUUCCACAGCACAGCAGACACUUGGAACUCUGACGUCCCUAGACGUGUGGAUUGUGAAGUGAAAAGGAAUGAACCAACCAACCCGUCAUCUUCUCACCCCACCCUCAUCGCAUUCCGCUGCAGUGAAAGGACAAGCCAUUCUUGGACAUGUUGGCAGCAGCCGCUGAUCUCCCAGCCGACGGGCUGAGCACUGGAACUCUGUGGCUGCACUGGCCCCCGUCUGUAACGGGGUCGACUGUGCCAGCUGGGCCAGAUGCCCUGCUUCUGGCCCAGGACUUCGCUUCCUAAUGGUCACCUGCACCAACCAGGCAGAGGUGCUGGUGCUCGCCCCUCCCCUUUUGUAUUUAUGCGUGCGUGCGUGCGUGCGUGCGUGUGCGUGUGUGUGUGUACACACGAAUGUGUGUCUGGUCUGGACCAGCUCCUCCCAGCCCCUGGCCUUUACUUUCUUCCUUGCCUAUCCAGGGCAACAAAAAUGUGAAAUUCUGCCCUCAGCUAAGCUGAGUAAGGGCCCCUGGGGCUGGCUGGAGAUGGCUGUGGCAUCUGUCUGUCCAUGGCCCCUCCUCAAGGGAGUGCUGGCAAAGCUGCAGUGAUGAGAUGCUCGUGAGUUGACGCCACCUCUCUGCCCUCUCUUGAAGGAGAAGAUGGGGUGACGUGGGCGUGGGCCCAUACAGCUCUAGGCACAGAAGCCUUGUGGACAGUAUUAGAGGGUGUGGUAGAGGGUAUGGGUGGGGAAGACCCCUGAAGGGGCAUCUAAUGAUGGAAGCAGGCAGAGCCUGGUGGGUGAUUCUCUCAACAGAAAAUUGCAAUCAUGCAGGGCUGGGAGGGUUAGGAUGAACUGGGGCCACUGGAGGCCAGGGACAGGUUUAGAUACGCCCCCUGGUCUGGGAGUGGGAGGGGCCGAUUCGGGGUGGGGGGUGGGGGGACUGGAGGGCAACACUGAAGGGGUUAAACAGGCUUUUGCUCCUCAUGAAUUUGUUUGCCUGGGCCCAGGAUUGGAGGGCUUCACACUUGUACCCUGUGUAUACAAGAAUCAGAUUUAUAAUACUUCCUUGUUUUUUUUGUUACGUAUGAACGCUAUAAACCAAAUUAUUUUGAAAACUGGUGCAUCACCUUGUCCUUAGCAAUAAAAUGUGCUGAGCAGAGAA